GUACAAGCGCGCGCCGCGCUCACGCUGCGACACCGUACUUGCCAAUGGAGCCAGUACUUUCUCAGUCCCCACUGUCUUGCCAGUGCUGCAGGCUCGUUCAUACAUAUGCUAUGGAUAUCUAGCUCUGGAAUCUGAAACAAAUAGCUCGCUAGGCGACACAGCGACCCCUGGUAGCAAUGUUCAGCUCGAGGAGGGUUUUCAGUACACGACUGCUAUCUUUUCUUGCUCCUGGCCGACGCGGGAGCGGACCUGAAUACCAACCUUUAGAUCAGCUUGGAAAGCGAGGCACCUUUGAAGUAGUUGAGGGCGACGAGCUGGGAGGUCUGGGUGCAGAGUUGGACGACUCGUUGGGAGGCAUAGAAGUCGAUGAUGUUGACACCGGCGCCCAACUCCUCGCAGGAGAAGAUAUCGAGUUCCUCGAAGAAGAUGCGAACAGGGUUCGGGACAAGAUUGAUUGGCAUAUCCUGCCUCUCAUGUGCACACUAUAUUGGAUUCAAUUCAUGGACAAGACUACUCUCGGUAGCUCGGCUAUACUAGGAAUUAGGGAGGCUACCCAUCUUACAACGAAUGAAUACAACAUGCUCGGAACAAUAUUCUACGUCAGCUACCUUCUCUUCGAGUACCCGCAGAACCUCGCUCUGCAACGAUUUCCUGUGGGCAAAUGGAUGAGUCUCAAUAUCUUUGUAUGGGGCCUCGCUUUACUAGGUCAUGCAGCGUGCAAGAACUUCGCGGGUCUAUUCGCUGUACGCUUCAUACUCGGGAUGUGCGAAGGUUCAAUCACCGCCGGUUUCAUGAUCGUCAGCUCUAUGUUCUAUACGCGCAACGAACAGACGUUACGUGUCGGAUACUGGUUCCUCAUGAAUGGCACAGCGCAAAUCAUAUCUGGUUUUAUCAGUUUUGGAACCCUGCAUAUCAAGACCGAAGGCUUCGAGCCUUGGCAAUGGUUGAUGUGCAUUACCGGCACCUUGACAUUGAUCACCGCUGUCGUCUACUGGUUCUACUUCCCGGACUCGCCCACUAAUGCUUGGUUCCUCACGAAGAAGGAACGUAUCAUCGCGAUACGGCGCCUUAAGGAGAACCAAACCGGUGUCGAGAACAAACACUUCAAAAUCGAGCAAGUCCACGAAGCCCUACACGACCCAAAGACGUGGCUCUUCGCGCUCUUCUCCGCACUCAACAACGUACCGAACAGUCUAACCAACCAGGGCCAGAUCAUCGUCGCCUCAUUCGGAUUCACAUACCUACAAACGACCCUCCUCGGCUGCGUCGACGGCGUCAUCGAAAUCAUCACCAUUUGGACGGGCGUGCACCUCGCCGCCCGCCUGAAGGACGCACGCGCGUAUGUCGCCGCCAUGUACUUCAUACCAAACAUCGUCGGCGUACUACUCAUAAACCUGUUGCCGUGGAGCAACCGGAUAGGGCUCUUGUGCGCACAGUGGCUGACCGGCGUGGGGACCACGGGCUUUGUUCUAUCCUUGUCAUGGCUCUCAAAUGUCACUGCGGGCCAUACCAAACGCGUGACCGCCAACGCGAUCAUGCUCAUUGCGUACUGCAUUGGGAAUGCCUUGGGACCCUUCAUGUGGCAGGAGAAGUAUCGCCCCCGAAAUCACGUGCCGUGGACCAUCAUCGGGCUCUGCUACGUGGCAUGCCCUCUGCUCUUGCUGCUUAUCCGGCGUACGCUAGCCUCCGAGAACAAGCGACGCGACCUGGAGCGGCCGGACGAGACGUACAACGAUGUUUACAUAGAGAUUGUCGACACGAAUGGGAUACGUGUCCGCAAGAGGGUGGAUAAGGAAUUCCUGGAUUUGACGGAUAUACAGAACCGAGAGUUUAGAUACGUUCUUUGAAUUUUUCUUGAUUGAGUUUGUGACUCUCCGCGAUGCCCUGGCGCGCUGGCGGUCGGCGUAAGCUCUAAAGUCCAGAUUUCAAUUGUGCCCGGUCCUGGAGCCGGAAGCUUUUCACGCGUCUUUCGAGGUAUAGUCGAUUGUGUUCCUGGCGAUCCUCGUCCCAUUCCCUUU